AUGGACCGUUGGGUGAAUCGUGUGGCUGUUGUGACGGGCGCAAGUGCUGGGAUUGGAGCUCAAAUUGCCAAGGAUCUCGCUAAUGCGGGAAUGGUGGUUGUAGCCUUGGCCAGGAGGGUGGAAAGAGUGGAGAAUUUAAAGAAAGAGCUCCCUCAAGAAGUGCAAAAACAUUUCUACCCUGUUAAGUGUGAUGUAAUGAAUGAGGAGGAAAUUAUUGAGACCUUUUCAUGGAUCAAGAAAACUCUAGGAGGGAUUGAUGUGCUCAUCAAUAAUGCUGGGAUUGUAAAUACGACUAACAAGCUCGUGGAUUCUGGAAAUUCUGACCUAAUGCGUAGCAUGGUUAACACAAACCUAAUGGGAGUCUUCUUCUGUGCACGUGAGGCCUAUCAGUCGAUGAGAGAACGUUCCUUCCCAGGACACAUCAUCAACAUCAACAGUGUCCUAGGGCAUAGUGUUCCGGUUGUUCCCAAAGAAUUUGGAAACAUUAACUUAAAUAUCUACCCAGCAACCAAGUACGGUGUCACAGCCCUCACUGAAACCUUCCGGCAUGAAUUUAUAAAGGAUAAAUCUGGUGUAAAGAUCACCAGCAUCAGCCCUGGUAGGGUAAAGACGGAAAUAACACCGUCUUAUAGUGAUGAAAACAUCGAGGGUAAGCCACAUCUUAUGCCAGCAGACAUUUCAGCUGCUGUUCUCUACACCCUCGGCACUCCACCCAAUGUGAAUGUCAAGGAACUCCUCAUCUCACCUACAGAAUCAUUUUAUUAA